UAAUGAUUGGUAUAGAAUACAGAUUCGAACCUACUUCCCGUUUAUUUAGCUUUUAAACACCAGUUUGUCGUAUUGAGUCUGUAGUGUGCAAAUCAGGUAGGUUACUAAAAUGGCAGAUCCUGAACAAAAAGAAAUAAUAUUAGAUUACUCUAAAAUAGUAAAGCAUUACUAUCGUAAUGAAUGGCGUCCGAAGCCUUGGUAUUACAUGUUUUAUCCGCCAAAACAAAAAGAAGAAAAUCAGUACAAAUGGGUUGAAGAGAACUAUGAAAAGUUUCUUAAAAAUACGCCGAAUGAGAUCAUGUACCAUAGAUGGUUCAGCAACGAAUCUGGUGCCAUAACAGCAAUGCAGUAUUCUCCAAAUGGAUUUCAUGUUAUUGUCGGUCAUGCCUCGGGACUGAUUGAGAUGCGCCACGGCAGUACAGGCACCGUACUUUGCACGUUACGUAACAUUCAAUUCCCGCCGAAACCUGUGCAUGCUUUGGAAUACAGUAUGACUGAAGACAAUGUCUGCUACGCGGCUUGUAUGGACGGAGCUGUUUAUCGCGUGGAGAUACCGCACAUGGAUACGUCGGUAACAAAUCCGCCAGCGUACUGCAUUCGCGCUGAUCCCAUGCUCGAAAGUCUGAACUUGCAGUUCUACGGUAGCCCCGGAAUUUCAUCGUAUUCAACGCCUUUUAUUACACAACGUUUUGCUGCGCUGUCCUUGGGCUUAUUAGCAGAUGGUACGAAAAUGGCUGUUGGCUACGGGGAUACUUCAAUCAAGAUUUACGACAUGGAGACACAGGAGGCGGAGGUGACUUACAAAGUACAUAAGUUACGUCUGCAGUUCAUACCUAAGAAGCUACAGCGGAUGCAUUUUGGACAAGUGGUAGCAUUGAGGGCCCACCCACAGAAACCUUACAUGUUCGCCAGCGGGGCUUGGGACAAGACCCUUAGAAUUUGGGACGUACGAUGUAAAGUCGGUUGUGUAAUGACUUUCGAAGGCGUUAACAUAUGCGGCGAUUCUGUUGACUUGAAUAGAGAACAAUGCUUAGCCGGCAGUUGGCAGCCGACUGAAGGGGUGACCCUGUGGGAUCUGACCGCUCGCAAACUGAUCAGCGUCAUCAGGAUACAGAACCGGAGACCUGAUGUGGAUGGGGAAUAUGUUUACGCUUGCCGAUAUUGGAGAUCUGAUGAUUACAAUCGCAAAGGGAAGUACGGCAUCAUCGGCGGCAGCGGCACCAACUGCCUCGAGGUGGUGAACCUCCACAACAGAUAUAUAACCUGCUCGUAUCCAACACCCGGAGCAGUCCUCGCCGUCACCAGCUUCCAGGAACGCAUUGCCUUCGGAGGCACCUCAUCCUCCUUCAACAUUGUCUCCUUCCACGAUCCCAAACAUGAGAAAGAUAAAUACGAAGCUGCCGUCGAUCCUGACUAUGAUUACACCAAGGCUGGCAGCACCGCCGUCACUCUCUUCCAAGAUGAUAACGACGAUAUGACAUCAACUGAUCAUGGAGCGUCGUUCGAUAUGUCCGCGUCCCGACCCUCCACAGCUGGGACCGUCUCCUCUAAAGCUUCCAAAUGAAACAUUAUCUUUUUAGUUUGUAAAUGUAUUAUUAAUUAACUUUAAUGACAGCUUUAUUUGUAGUGACAUCAUUUUGACUUUAUUAACAGAACUUUAAUUAAAUAAUGUAUUUCACCUAAAAGCUUUCAUGUGUAUAGUUGGUUUGACAGAUGUAAAUGAUGAUGAUGGCUCGAAUAACUCCGGCACGCGAAUGGCCCAUCAUCCGAACAGUAAUCCGUUUCAAUUUAGUUAAAGAGAUACUCGUGUCCAUUUAACAUAGCCUCCAUUGCCAGUUCGACAUUUCGUUGUCAUUGCAAUGAUAAUUUGAAAAGCUUGUUUGAAGUGAAUUGGACCGCAACUGUAAUAACCGUAAAACCCAUUCAAAUACAUGUCGAAAUUCAACGGCACCAAAUUGAAAUCCUAAAAACAAUUGCACAAGUUUUCGCAACAGAAAAACUCGGCCCGGCCAACAUUGAAAAAUUAGAGUCGACAUUGCGAAUUCAGCCGAGACUACAAUGGCGAACAAGUUGCAAUAGAAUUUAAAUAAAGAAGCGUUCCCUAACAGCGCGAACUCGUGUGCGGGGCGUUGGUGAACUUUCAACUUUUACCCGCUUAUGUAGCGGGAACAUACCUACGCCCGCUUCCCCACCCCCGACGGGGAGGCGGGAGGCUUUCCGUACUUGGACCGAAUAUUUACAGCGCAACCUAAAUAUAGCGUGCCGCUGCUCAGCUGGCACGGGUGGUAGCGAAUGGGAGGGUAAACAUUCCCCCGCCACCCUCCGGUAGCUCGGCGGUGUAGAAGGCCAUUCGGCCGCCGGCUUCGGAGGUGAGCGGACAUCUUCCGUGUAAUGCUGAGGUCGGAUCGCGACCAUGACCGUUGGAGUCAGGAGGGGUUGUCGCUCGCUAUGCCGAUAAAGUCAUACUCAAGGCCAUGGUGUACGAUUUGACGUGACAACGUUACGUGAACGGAUGCCUUAACUUUACCGGUAAACAGGGAUUGAUGUUAAUGAAUCUUGAACACGCUUAUUGAUUAGAUCAGAUUUGCGUUAUCUGUUUGUAACUUCUUUUUAUACAAUACGAUGUACAUGUAGGUUAAUUUGGUUUUAUAAAUGUAAUAAGGGUCCUUAUUUUUUGUAUAAU